GAGCAGUCAGUGACACCCGCCGAUCAUGAUGUGAUCGCGCAUCGUCCAAUCGCGAGCGCUCGAAGUCCGGACGUUGGGGAACCGAUGGUUGACCAGAAACGGGUCGGUCACAUCACCUCUGGAGAGCAGCCCAUUGACAUCUCCAGAAAGCCAUGCUAAUGAGAUCGGAACGGAGAUGCUUGUCGGUCGCGUCGCGGUUCGGAGUUCGGAGUGUUUAUGUUGACUGUCUUGUUGACGAAAGGUUCAAGAUCAGCCCGUUCCUUCUGUUGCGCUUUCACGUCUUCUUGUCUUCAGUCAGAAACUCAGCUUCGAAACCUCCCAAUAAUUUCAAAUUGUAGACAUGUCUGAAAACCUCAUCGUCAAGGGCGUAGCAGGCACCUGCAUCACGUUCUCUUUCAUCCUUGCUGGCAAUGCGAUUACACAAUCUUUCAUGACAGUCCCCGCGCUGCUUGUCAACUUCCCACCUCCAAGUUCGCCCGAGCACAAGGAGCGCGCACGACUUCUUGGCCGUCAAUGGCCUCUUUGCUGGACAGUCGGCAACCAAUUCUUCCGCCCGAUUUCCACUCUCGGCUUCUUGGGCUAUGCUUAUGCGGGAUACGCCACUUACAAGCAGGGCGUGCUUGCCCGCAACGACUGGAUGCUGUUUGGCGUAGCAGCUGUCAUGCAUCUGAUGACCAUCAUCCACUCGGCGAAGAACAUGCAGCCUCUGAAUGACAAGCUGGAGGCUCUUGCCGGCCGUGCCAGCGAUACAGAGUUGAAAGAGGCGGAGACUGUUGCGAAGAAGUGGGCGAGCUGGAAUAGGCUCAGGCUUGUCACCCCGGUCAUCGCUGGUAGCUUGGCUCUAUACCAACUGCUUGCCUGAAUGACCGAAAAGGCGAAGAUAAGGAUGCUCGCAUGACGGUCAAGGCAUUUACGGAUUCUUAGGAUACUGCCUGGCGAUUGGAGUUGAGGGCGUAGUAAAUGGCAUCUGUUCGACCCUCCAAUAUGUCCACUUUGCUUAUCUCACCACUGUUGCGUGAGUGCUGACGUUGCCAGUCCAGAUUGCGUGUUGCGCAGUACUAAGGACAGUACACAUUGUAUUCGCUAUAUACAAAGGAGCAGUUGAGGAACGCAAGAAAUUUCAGUUGCUUCGAUAAUUAAAGAUUAUGAAGUAGAUCAAAUGCCAAUUGCCCCUAAUCCUAGAGACUAAUUUUUGAUGGC